CCAUCGUCUCUCUCCAUUUCCUCUUCUCCUCGCUUCUUCCGGCGAUUCCAGGGCUUUCUCUAUUUCGUCUCCGUUUUGCAUCCCCACUCUCGCCCGAUCCGUGCCCGAUCGAGACGUUCCUGGAUACGCAAGGAGAAGAAGGCGAGGAGACGAGCUGCGAGUGGUGCCAUGGGACAAGCCUUCCGCAAGCUCUUCGACAGAUUCUUCGGUCCCGUCGAAAUGAGGGUUGCGAUGCUUGGACUAGACGCAGCUGGUAAGACAACUAUUUUGUACAAGUUGCACAUUGGAGAAGUUUUGUCGACAGUUCCAACUAUUGGCUUCAAUGUGGAGAAGGUCCAGUAUAAAAAUGUGGUAUUUACAGUCUGGGAUGUUGGUGGACAAGAAAAAUUAAGGCCUUUAUGGAGGCAUUACUUUAGCAACACUGAUGCACUGAUCUAUGUUGUGGAUUCGUUGGAUAGGGAAAGGAUCGGAAAAGCUAGAGAAGAAUUUCAGACUAUUAUCCGCGAUCCAUUCAUGUUGAACAGUGUCAUAUUAGUAUUUGCCAAUAAGCAGGACUUGAAAGGUGCAAUGACGCCAAUGGAGGUAUCCGAAGGGUUGGGUCUUUACGAUCUGCGGAACCGAACAUGGCACAUCCAGGGAACCUGUGCCCUCGCCGGGGAUGGUCUCUACGAAGGACUCGACUGGUUAGUCACAGCUUUGAAGGAGUUACAAGUCCCAGGGCGACAUUUAACUUGAUCCAUCUCGACUCCUCAGCUACCUUAAGAAUCUUAAGAUUGACUCAUUCGAAGAUGACUGUAUAUUUUCUCCUCUCUUUUCCCCCAUAAAUGUCUUUUUGGAUUGUAGGAAAUGUAGACUGAUUCACAAGUCAUGGAUUCAUGUGAUGCUAUAAGUUGUGAUUUUAUUUUCCUUUUUUUUUACAUGUUAAAAGAAUUAAUCAUAAUCCAUUUUAUUUCUUGAUGA